CCAUUCACCUUCACUAUGAAGGGAAUCAUACUUGCACUAGUGCUCACCCUUGUAGGUAGCCAGAAGCUUGACGUUGAUCCUGAAUUCAGUAGCAGAAAGAGCCACUUGUACAGCUAUGAAGGCUGGGUGUUAAAUGGGCUUCAAGAAAAAGGUUUAGCCAAAGUUGGCGUGCGCUUCAGCAGCAAACUAGAGAUCAGUGGGCUGUCAGAGAGCGCUUACCUCCUCAAGAUCCGCUCUCCACAAUUUGAGGAAUACAAUGGUGUCUGGCCCAGGGACCCAUUUACUCGAUCUUCCAAAAUCACCCAGAUCGUUUCUUCAUGCUUUACUCGGCCCUUCAAGUUUGAAUAUGAUAGUGGACGGAUUGGAAACAUUUAUGGCCCGGAAGACUGCCCCAAUACAUGUAUUAACAUAGUGAGAGGAAUACUGAACAUGAUACAGAUAACCAUUAAAAAGUCACAGAAUGUGUAUGAAUUGCAAGAGGCUGGAAUCGGAGGUGUUUGCCAUACAAGGUACAUCAUCCAGGAAGACAGAAAGAAUGGUCGAGUCUCUAUUACCAAAACUGUAGAUCAAAAUAAUUGCCAGGAAAAAGUGACCAAGAGUGUUGGAAUGGCUUACAUCUAUCCUUGUCCUGUUGACAUGAUGAAAGCAAGGCUCAUAAAAGGGACUGCGGCUUUCUCCUACAAACUGAAGCAGUCAGACAGUGGUACCCUGAUCACAGAAGUGGUGUCACAGCAGGUCUAUCAGAUCUCACCAUUCAGUGAACCUACGGGUGUUGCUGUCAUGGAAGCAAGACAACAACUCACCCUGCUUGAAGUGAGAAGUGAACGGGGGAGUACUCCGGACAUUUCCAUGCAGAGCUAUGGAGGCCUUCGUUACGACUUCCCCUCAGCACUGCCACAGAUGCCACUGCAGCUGAUCAAGAUGAAGAACCCCGAGCAACGGAUAGUAGAAACACUGCAACACAUAGUCCAGAAUAACCAACAAGAUUUCCACGAUGAUGUUCCAUACAGAUUCUUGGAGCUUGUCCAGCUCUGCCGGAUAGCAAGCACUGAUAGUCUUGAAUCCAUCUGGAGGCAAUUUUCAGAUAAACCCCGCUACAGGCGAUGGCUGCUGAGUGCAGUUUCUGCAACAGGCACGGCAGAAGCACUCAAAUUCAUUAAGACCAGAAUUCGCAACGAUGACCUCAACUACAUUCAGACUCUUCUAAGUGUUUCUUUUGCUCUCCAUUUAACGAAAGCUGAUGAAAACACUGUUCCAAUAGCAGCAGAUUUAAUAACCAGUUCUCGAAUCCAGAAAAGCCCCAUGCUUCAGCAAGUUGCCUGCUUGGGAUACAGUUCUGUGGUCAAUAAAUACUGUUCUCAGACCUCAUCUUGUCCUAAGGAAGCUCUUCAGCCCAUCCAUGACCUGGCAGAUGAAGCGAUCAGCAGGGGCCGCGAAGACAAAAUGAAAUUAGCUCUGAAAUGCAUUGGCAACAUGGGAGAACCAGCCAGCAUCAAGCGCAUCCAGAAGUUCCUUCCCAUAUCUGCAUCCAGUGCUUCUGACAUCCCCAUCCACAUUCAGAUUGAUGCCAUAAUGGCUUUGAGAAAAAUAGCUUGGAAGGACCCCAAAACAGUGCAAGGAUAUCUUAUCCAGAUCCUUGCAGACCAGUCGCUUCCCCCCGAAGUACGAAUGAUGGCUUGUGCUAUUAUCUUUGAGACAAGGCCUGCCCUUCCUUUAAUAACAACAAUAGCUAAUGUGGCAAUGAAGGAGAGCAGUUUGCAAGUGGCCAGUUUUGUGUAUUCCCACAUGAAGGCUUUGUCGAAGAGCAGAUUGCCGUACUUGUACAACAUAUCUUCAGCUUGCAAUAUUGCCCUUAAGCUGCUGGCCCCCAAACUGGACAGGCUGAGCUAUCGGUAUAGCAAGGUCGUGCAUAUUGGUGGCUACUUUGAUAACUAUAAAGUUGGUGCUGCCGGAGAUGUCUUUGUUAUGAACAGCCCAGGAACAAUGUUCCCAUCAGCAAUAAUUUCCAAGCUGAUGGUAUAUUCUGCAGGGUCAGUGGCUGAUUUGGUGGAGGCUGGUGUCCGUGUGGAAGGCCUCACAGAUGUCAUCACAAAACGGAAUAUCCCGUUCGCUGAAUAUCCUGCAUAUAAAAAGAUAAAGGAGAUUGGAAAAGCUCUGCUGGGAUGGAAAGAGCUGCCAACAGAAACCCCCUUGAUAUCAGCCUACUGGAAACUAUUUGGCCAAGAGCUGGCCUAUGUCAACAUCAAUAAGGAAGUCCUGCAUCAGAUUAUGAAGGCUGUGCUAGAACCUGCAGACAGGAACACAGUGAUAAAGAAAAUUGCCAGCCAAAUCCGCAGUGGCAUUGCAGGACAAUGGACACAGCCGGUGUGGCUGGGAGAGCUGCGCUACAUCGUUCCUACCUGCAUUGGCCUGCCACUGGAGUAUGGAUCAUACACGACUGCUGUGGCACGUGCGGCAGCCAGUGUUGAUGGAAAGACAACCCCCCCUUUAACUGGAGAUUUUAGACCUUCCCAGUUUCUUGAAUCCACCGUGCAGAUUCGGGCAGACAUAAGCCCAAGCUUAUAUGUACAUACAGUCGCAACAAUGGGUGUCAACACAGAAUAUUUUCAACAUGCUGUUGAAAUUCAAGGCAAGGUCCUGGCAAGAGUGCCAAUCAAGUUUGAUGCCAAGAUAGAUGUGAAACAGAAAAACAUUAAGAUUGAAACAAAUCCAUGCCAUGAGGAAACUGAGAUAGUGGCUGCAAGACAUAAGGCUUUUGCUGUAUCGAGAAAUAUAGGAGAGCUAGGUGUUGAAAAGAGGACCUCAAUUCUCUCAGAAGAUGCUUCAUCAAAUAUUGUGGAAGAACCUUUCAAACCAUCAGAGAGAGCUUCCAGAGAAGGUUUCACAAUGAAAGGAGAUGACAGCAUGCCAAGGAAACAUGCCUAUAGCUCUGAAGAGGAUCUUCACCAUGGCACAGGAAGAAAAACUCAUAAAUGGGAUAUUUGCAUCAAACUGUAUCGUCUUGGUUGUCAGGUCUGCUUUUCCAGAAGGUCACGAGAUGCCAGCUUCCUAAAAAAUACAUAUUUGCACAGAUUAAUUGGAGAACAUGAAGCUAAAAUAGUCUUGCUGCCAGUUCGAACAGAUGCUGAUAUUGACAAAAUUCAACUGGAGAUUCAGGCAGGAUCCAGAGCAGCUUCCAAAAUAAUUCACAUGGUAAACUCAGAUUCUGAGGAAAAGGAUGAGUCAUCUCCAUAUGAGGACAUUCAAGCUAAACUGAAGAAGAUUCUAGGCAUUGAAAAGGUGUUCAAGGUUGCAAAUAAAACACGACACCAGAAGAAGCAACCUUCAAAGAAAGGAAACACUAUGCUAACAGAGCUUGGGACAGACGUCAAGGCAAAAAAUCCCUCCAGCUCAUCUUCUGCCUCCUCAACUGUCUCCUCUUCCUCAUCAUCUGCUGCUUCUCUUGAUCGUAAAAAGGCUGUGGAUGAGGAUGAGAAUGAUGACGUAAAGCAAGCAAGAAACAAAGAUGCAAGCAGCAAAAGCAGCAGCAGCAAGAGCAGCAGUGGCAAGAGUAGCAGCAGCAAGAGCAGCAGUGGCAAGAGUAGCAGCAAGAGUAGCAGUAGCAAGAGCAGUAGCAGCAAGAGCAGUAGCAGCAGCAGCAAGAGUAGUAGCAGCAAGAGCAGCAGCAGCAAGAGUAGUAGCAGCAAGAGCAGCAGCAGCAGCAAGAGUAGCAGCAGCAGCAGCAAGAGCAGUAGCAGCAGCAGCAAGAGUAGGAGCAGUAGCAGCAGUAGGAGCAGCAGGAGGAGGAGGAGCAGUAGCAGUAGCAGCAGCAAGUCAUCGAGUCACCAUAGCCACGGGCAUCACUCAAGGUAUCUGAAUGGCAGCAGCAGCAGUAGCAGCAGCAGCAGCAAGUCAUCGAGUCACCAUAGCCAUAGGCAUCAUUCAGGACAUCUGGAAGGUGGCAGCAGCAGCAGAUAUUCCAAAAUAUGGGAAGAUGAUGAGAUUUAUCUGUAUCGCUUUAGAUCAGCGCAUAGACAAGAGUUCCCAAAAAGGAAACUCCCAGCUGACCAACCUAGCAGCACGUACGCCUCUACCAGAUCCAGUCAUGCCUCGUCUCGAGCUGCUUCCCGGCAUAAGUUUUUAGGAGAUGUUAAAACACCAGUAUUAGCUGUUUUUCUUCAUGGCAUUCGUAAUGAUGAAAAGAUAGGAGGCCUCCAGCUUGUGGUAUAUGCUGAUAUUGACUCCGUCAGGCCCCAGAUGCAGGUAUUUGUGUCAAACCUCACAGAUUCAAGCAAGUGGAAGCUCUGUGCUGAUGCUUCAGUCCUCAAUGCUCACAAGGCAGUGGCUUACCUGAAAUGGGGCCGGUAUUGCCAGGACUACAAGAUUUCGACUGAGCUGGUAACUGGGCGGUUUGCUGCCCACCCUGCUGCACAAGUGAAAGUGGAGUGGCCUAAAGUUCCUUCAAGUGUCAGAUCCAUAGCAGAAUGGUUUUACAAGUUUGUUCCUGGGGCUGCGUUUAUGUUGGGCUUCUCUGAAAAAACAGACAAGAAUCCUUCUCGACAAGCCAGGGUGAUCGUGGCUCUAACUUCUCCAAGGACGUGUGAUGUUGUUGUCAAGCUUCCUGAUAUGAUCUUCUAUGAAAAAUCCAUGAGGCUUCCCCUGUCACUCCCUGUAGGUCCGAGGAUACCAGCUUCAGAGCUGCAGCCUCCCAUCUGGGACGUCUUUGCUGAAGCCCCCUCUGCAGUGCUCGAGAAUUUGAAAGCUCGCUGCUCAGUUUCCCAUAACAAGAUAACAACCUUUAACGAAGUUCGGUUUAACUACACAAUGCCGGCAAACUGCUACCACAUCUUGGCUCAGGAUUGCAGUGCUGACCUUAAAUUCCUGGUGAUGAUGAGGACUGUUGAAACAGCUAUGGACUUGAAAGCAAUCAACAUCAAGCUUGGCAGUCAUGAAAUUGAUAUGCACCCUGUGAGCGGACAGGUGAAACUGCUGGUAGAUGGGGUUGAAAGCCCCACGACGAAUGUUUCCUACGCAUCUGCUGGUGCUCCUCUGUGGAUCUUCAGUGAAAAGCAAGGGCUUGUACUUGUUGCCCCAGCCUAUGGCAUUGACAAAUUGUACUUUGAUGGAUACACAUUCAGGAUUCAAGUUGCUUUGUGGAUGGCAGGGAAAAUGUGUGGAAUAUGUGGAAAAUAUGAUGCAGAAUGUGAAGAAGAAUAUCGGAUGCCUAAUGGAUAUCUAGCUAAAGAUGCAGUGAGCUUUGCACAUUCUUGGAUUUUGGAAGAAAAGCCAUGUACAGGAGCCUGCAAACUGCGACGCUCAUUUGUGAAGCUUGAGAAGACUGUUCAGCUUGCAGGUGUAGAGUCCAAGUGCUAUUCUACAGAGCCGGUGCUGCGCUGUAUGAAAGGGUGCUCUGCCACCAAAACUACUCCUGUCACUGUUGGUUUCCACUGUCUCCCAGCAGAUUCUGCUACCAGUCUGACAGACAAACAGGCAAAGUUCGACCAGAAGUCAGAGGAUAUGCAGGAUGCUAUUGAUGCACACAUAGCCUGUUCUUGUGAGAAUGAAGACUGCAGUGCAUGAAGCUGUACAUUGCAAUACAGGAAAAAACCAGAAACACUUUAGUAUUUUUAUUGUGUGGUGUAAGAAAACUCAUCUUAAGGAAUAAUAGAGAUACUAAAUUAAGUGAUAAGGAUGUGUGGAAUCUUCCCAAGUAAUUUAAAGUAUUAAACUUUAUUAUUGUAGAAACUGUUAUGAUUUCCUAUAAAUAUCUGAUUUGGUAAUAAAUCCAUGCAUGGAAAAAU